UGAAACCUGGUGAGAUAAACAGAUUUCGGGCUAGAAAGGGUGCAGAAGUAGGUUGAGUUCUAGUCGGUGGCGGGGGUGGAGGGAGAGAAGGGAUGCAUUUAAAGGGGCCCGAGGCCCAGAAUAAGGUAGACAUUUAAAGGGACAGGUGACCCGAAGAGAAGAGAGACAUUUAAAGGUGCAGAUAACCCAGACAGAACAAAUUCCAGACCUGCUCGGCAGACGGAGAUAUCUAAAGUGGUAGGUCUUGGAAGAACGUGGCACGCUUUUUUAGGAGCCUGGGGCUUGAGCAUACGUUAAAGAGGCCGAAGAAAAGGAAGAUUGAGCCUUCCUCUAAGAAGGAAGGUACACUUCUGCCCUCUCCGUUGUCUUUUCUGGCUCUCCCAGGUUCCCUUGACCCCCGACUCUGUAUUCAUUCUAUGGCACUCAGUGUCCUGUAGACCUGGCGGCCCCUCAGUGCUUACGGCCCCUAUUUGGGGUUCUGAGUGGCUACUGGAGAGCCUUGCAAAAGAGCAGAGAGGGCAAGACCAUGGCAUCUAGGGCCUCUCAACUUCCUCCAGGACGCAGCGUGACGGCGGGCAUCAUCAUUGUUGGAGAUGAGAUCCUGAAGGGACACACUCAAGACACCAACACUUACUUUCUGUGCCGGACACUGCGCUCCCUGGGGGUCCAGGUUUGCCGAGUCUCUGUUGUACCUGAUGAGGUGGCCACCAUUGCAGCUGAGGUCACCUCCUUCUCCAGCCGCUUCACUCAUGUCCUCACCGCAGGAGGCAUCGGCCCCACUCAUGACGAUGUAACAUUUGAGGCAGUGGCACAGGCCUUUGGGGAGGAGCUCAAACCACAUCCUGAGCUCCAAGCAGCCAUCAAAACCCUAGGAGGGGAGGGUUGGGAGAAGCUGUCGCUGGUACCCUCCUCUGCCCGCCUGCAUUAUGGCACUGAUCCUCGCACUGGCCAGCCCUUCAGGUUCCCGCUGGUCUCUGUCCGAAACGUCUACCUCUUCCCAGGAAUUCCGGAGCUGCUGAGGCGAGCCUUGGAGGGACUGAAAGGACUGUUCCAAAACUCAGCUGUGCAAUUCCACAUGAAGGAGUUGUACGUGGCUGCUGCCGAGGGCUCUAUCGCCUCCGUCCUGACUGAGGCCCAGGCCCACUUUGGACGUAGGCUUAACCUGGGCUCCUACCCUGAUUGGGGCAGCAACUACUACCAGGUGAAGCUGAUUCUAGACUCUGAGGAAAAAGAACCCUUGGAGGAAUGCCUGGCCUAUCUGACAGCACAUCUGCCUCAGGGAUCACUGGUCCCCUACCUGCCCAAUGCUGUUGAGCAGGCUAGUGAGGCUGUAUACAAACUUGCUCAGUCAGGAUCUUCUCUGGGGAAAAAGGUAGCAAGUGCCCUACAGACCAUUGAGACUGCCCUCGAUAGAUACCACCUCUCCAAGCUCUGUGUCGGUUUCAAUGGUGGCAAGGACUGUACUGCCCUCCUACACCUCUUCCAUGCAGCUGUGCAGAGGAAAUUUCCUGAUGCUCCAAAGCCUCUCCAGAUCCUGUACAUCCAUAGCAUCUCGACUUUCCCCGAGUUGGAACAGUUUCUGCAAGACACCAUCAAGAGGUAUAACCUGCAGGUGUUGGAAGCUGAGGGUGACAUGAAGCAGGCCCUGGGUGAGCUUCAGGAAAGGCACCCCCAGCUGGAGGCUGUCCUCAUGGGCACCCGGCGGACUGACCCCUACUCCUGUAGCCUCAGCCAUUUCACUCCCACCGACCCUGGCUGGCCUUCAUUCAUGCGUGUCAACCCACUGCUGGACUGGAGCUACAGAAACAUCUGGGAUUUUCUGCGUCAACUGUUUGUCCCAUACUGUAUCCUGUACGACCGAGGGUACACAUCACUGGGGAGUCAGGAGAACACAGUGCAGAACCCAGCCCUGAAGUGCCUGAGCCCAGGAGGGCGCCCCAUCUACCGUCCAGCGUACCUGCUGGAGAACGAGGACGAGGAAAGGAAUUCCCGCACAUGAUCUUACGCCAGCUGGGGCUAAGACGGAGGGAAGGGAGCAGGCCUGGGAAAUAUGGGCUGUCUUGUCAGUAAACCGUACCUCACACACUGGUGUUGGUGCCUGUUGCUCCGGCUGUACCUUCCUGCUUCAAGGUCAAGGGAAGCAGGAUUGGACCGAGGCUGCCAGCUCUGAACUGGCAGUGGUCACUCUGGCCCAAGAGUCCAGCAGAACGUCCCGGAAAGGAGCUGCUAGGGAUGACUCUGUCAGCCUUAGCCAGAGCUACCAGACGGGAGAAGGCAAUCAGGACUGCCUGCCUGCCUGGAAGGGAAGUUGAACUCUCCUCACUGGGGAGGGUGAAAGAUGAGAGGCCAAGCCCCCCUUCUAACCACCACCAUCCCUGUCCAUGGGGCUGACUCAGCCUGUUCCAAGGCCCAGAACCAUCUUUUGCUAGACCCCAGAGCCUUUGUCUCUAGUCAUGAGGUCUGAGGGGUGGGGACAGUGGAUAAAAGGCCCCAGCGGCA